AUGUAUGUUGUCCUAUUCUGUGGUAUUCAAUGGGGACCCCACGACACGUCCCCUGAUCUCGUGGUCGACAUUAUUCGUGACAUGUUUGAUAGUGGCAACGACAUCCGAGGCGGUGGCAUUGCCAAGCGAGCCAACAAGUUCGAUCGAGUACAUACCCGAGAGUUUGUGUUCAAGAGCCAUGGACUGCACAGAUGGUUGAACACGGCUAGGGAGUAUAACUCUCCUUUGAAAGAUAUCAACAGAGGAGAAUGGACGGACCCAUCGCACCUCAAUAACUUAUGGAACGAUGUUUUGAAGGAGCAGUUGGAGAAGAACGAUAGGAUGGAUCACAGAUCAAUCAAAAGCGAUCUGCCUGGAGGUCCACAACAACCUAUGAAUGUAACGGGGUCGUACUCAAACUUCAGCUCCAAUCGAGAAGCACAGGAAUCGGUAAACAGCGCUAGCUUGGCACGGAAACGUGCUCGCAUUGGUGCACACUUUGGACAGGAUGUCUCUGCUAAUGGCGAAGGGUCGAAAAGGAGACGAAUAACGCGUUCUAUGUCACGCGGGAAUCUCGUAGGACAUGCAUCGUCAGCUGAAGCACGACCUGUAUCUUCGUUGAAGCGAUCUACCCGCAAUAGUGGCCGACCUGGACGUUCAAAUUCGAAUUCUGAAGGCACGUCUUCCAUGCGCCACAAUGAACAGACAUUUUUAACAAGUCUGAGAUCCGGUAAACGUCGCUCGAGGAAAGGAGAUGAUUAG